CAGCGGUCUUUGGCUGAGCUUACUGCUCUCCCUCACUGCCGAACGCAGAGAGCCGAGGCCCCUGGAGGACAUGGUGUUGGAGAUCCCAGGCUUGCUGACCACCAAGUUCUUCGAGAAUCUCGGCGCACCGGAAGCGACCAGGCGCGCUCCUCCGGGUGAGCAGCGGCCGCUUCACACCCGAGGCCCGCGGCUGCAACCUCGCACCCGCUCGCUGUCGUUCACCCGGCUUUCGCCGCAGCCACAGCCCCGCGAGUGCCGCGGCGGCCGGCCGGGAGGUUUGAAAAUAUGGCCAAAAGGAUUGCUGAGAAGGAAUUGACAGAUAGGAACUGGGAUCAAGAAGAUGAAGCAGAAGAGGUGGGAACGUUCUCAGUGGCCAGUGAGGAAGUCUUGAAGAAUAGAGCCAUAAAGAAAGCAAAGCGUAGAAAUGUUGGAUUUGAAUCCGAUAGUGGAGGGGCCUUUAAAGGUUUUAAAGGUUUGGUUGUACCUUCUGGAGGAGGCGGGUUUUCUGGAUUUGGCAACGGUGCUGGAGGGAAGCCUUUGGAAGGGCUAUCAAAUGGGGGCGGCGUGACCAGCGCCCCUCCCUUCUCCGGCGCCAGGGCGGCCACGGAGAGCAAGGCGGCCUUCGGAUCUGUUGCUGCGAAUGGUCCUACCUCCUUGGUGGAUAAGAAGGUUUUAACUCCCAAAACCAACGGGGACAGUCAGCAGCCCUCCUCUUCCGGCCCCCCCUCCGGCGCCGCCUGCCCCCGGAGCGCCUACCACAAGCAACUGGCGGCCUUAAACUGCUCCGUGCGGGACUGGAUCGCGAAGCACGUGAACACCAACCCGCUCUGCGACCUGACGCCCAUCUUCAGAGACUACGAGAGACACCUGGCGGGGAUCGAGCAGCAGCACGGGAGCGGGGGCGGCCGGGGCUCCGAGAGUGAGGCCGAUCGAGUGCCGCUCGCCACCCAGACCCCUUCCCUGUUUGGGGCAGCGAAGCCGCAGCAGGACUCGGCGUUCCCGUUCGCCGGCGGCAGGGCAGAGGACGGCGCCGCCGAGAGGAAGACGGAGCCGCCCGCGGGAGCCGCAAGUGCCUCGUUCAACUUCGGCAAGAAGAUCGACGGUUCUGUCCUGGGCUCCCUGAACUCCGGCCCCCUGACUGGGUUUUCGUUCUCUUCGGGAAACUCCAGCUUCUUCGGCAAAGAUCUGACCCAGAAUAAACCAGCGUCUUCACCGUUUUCCGCGAAAACGUUGGAGGUACAGGCCGAAGGCGGCAGUAGCGACUACAAAGGUGGAGAUGAAGAAGAGAGUGAUGAGCCACCCAAAGUAGUAGUUACUGAAGUGAAGGAAGAAGAUGCGUUCUACUCCAAAAAGUGUAAGCUGUUUUACAAGAAAGACAACGAAUUCAAAGAGAAGGGUGUGGGCACCCUGCAUUUAAAACCUACGGCCACUCAGAAGACGCAGCUGUUGGUGCGGGCAGACACCAAUCUAGCGCUCUUAGCCGAUGAGCCACAGAGAGCUGCUGUGCUGACCGUUCUGCCUUCGUUGGAAGGACCUCGUGAAGGCUCCGGGUCGAGCCAGCGCGUCCUCCCUCCACUGCAACAUCCUGCUGAACGUUCUAAUUCCACCCAACAUGCCGUGUACCCGAACGGGGAAGAACAACGUCCUGAUCGUGUGUGUUCCCAACCCGCCCGUCGAUGAGAAGAACGCCGCCGCCCCAGUGACCAUGUUGAUCCGCGUAAAAACAGGCGAGGACGCGGAUGAGUUGCACAAAAUUUUACUGGAGAACAAGGACG